AAACUUUAUUUCGGUUUUGCAGUGUGGUUCAGUUUCUUCUCGGCCCUAAUCUUACGAGUCGAGUUCGAGACAUCAUCGUUGAGUGAUCAAGAAUACCCAAAAAACAAAAACAAAAAAAGAAUGCAUCUAUGGCCAUCAAUGAGAAUAAGGGACUCGUUCAAGAUCGGGUAUUUGAAAAAACUGGAGUGGAAUACCCAAAGAAUGAACAGCCAGAAGAAACAGCAAGAAACCAGCACCAGCAAUCAAGAAAAAUUGUUGGGUGAUGAGGAAAUUAAUACAGAAGUUUCUUCUUCUUGUUGUUCAACAAAAGCUGCUUUGAUUUUCCGAGAAAUUUUCAUGGUCCUCACUUGCUGCUACUGUUGUUUCUGCUGUGGAGCUUGUGUUGAUCAAGAUGAUGAUUGAUGGUUUUAGCUGGAAAAUUUAGUUGCUGAUUCCAAAUUCAUAUAACGAGAAGGUCAGAUCGUAGAAGGUAAUGAUUAGGAGCAAAGUCUCUAACCCAUGGUAGAUUUGUAAUCAAAUGUUUUAUGUUGCGAUGAACAUUCUCAACAUGCUUAUUAUUUCCACCUUGUAGUUAUGUUAUAAUAUUAGAAAUGUAAUCGAGUCAAAUCAA